AGACAGAGAGGGAGAAAUUUCAUCCUCAAUUUCACUCUUCCACCUUCCACCACAAUGCGUCAAUUAACUGAGGAAGAGAGCAAGUCGGUCUUCUCCAAGUUGGCCGUCUACUGCGGUCGCUCGUUGAACAACCUCGUGACGGCGUCGGACGGCGAAGGCGAGCAGUAUGUGUUCCGACUUCACGGCAGUCGAGUCUACUAUCUGCGCCUGUCUAUCGCCAACUGGGCGACGUCGGUGCCUCGCGCGAACCUGCUGUCGCUGGGUGUUUGUAUUGGAAAGUUGACCAAGACGGGCAAGUUCCGUGUACACAUUACGGCACUCGAUGUGAUCGCCCCCCACGCUCGAUACAAGGUCUGGAUCAAGGAGAACGGCCUCCUUCCUUUCCUCUACGGUGGCAACGUUGUCAAGGCACAUGUGGGACGGUGGAGCGAAGAUAUUCCUGAGCACUCGGGUGUGGUGGUGUUUGACUCGUCGGAUACGCCGGUGGGCUUUGGAGUGGUCGCGAAAUCCACGACCGAACUGCGUCGGGUGGAACCUACUGCUAUCGCUGUCUUCCGACAAGCCGAUACGGGAGAAUUCCUCCGCGAGGAAGAUUCGCUCUUCACGACAUAAUCGAUUGCAUACGGGGGAUCAUUCGUGGUUAGAUGUUCGAUACCUCGGGAUUCUCGCAGGAGUUCUGG